ACUUUGGCAGUCAUUGACUGGGAGAUACAGCAGGGCCUGCUGAGCUCAGAGGACCGGGACCAGGGAGCGACCGUCUUCCUUCGAGAGAUCCAAGACCCCUACAAACACAUCCUUGAAGACUGCGCCCUCGGGAUGGUGGACCGGCUCGCGGACGGCUGCCUGGACACUGACGCCCAGAACCUUCUCAGCAGCCUCAAGGGCCGCAUCACUGACACGCACCCCGGAGUCCUCAAGGCCCACCGCCUGCCAUGGAGCCGCGACCUGGUAAACCCCAAGAACAAAAUUCAUGCCCGCUACCUGAAGGAGCUGGGUGAGCAGUUUGUGGCGAGGGCCAAUCACCAGGUCCUCGAACGCCUCUGUGAGCUGGAUGUGGCUGGACGGGAGUUGGCGUGGCUCUACCAAGAGAUCCGUCACCACCUUUGGCAGAGCUCGGAGGUCACCCAGAACUUCUGCGGACGCCAGGAACUCCUGGCCCGGCUUGGGCAGCAGCUCAGGCACGAUGACAGCAAGCAGCACACCCCCCUGGUACUCUUCGGGCCCCCGGGCAUUGGAAAGACGGCCCUGAUGUGCAAGCUGGCUGAGCAGAUGCCAAGGCUGCUCGGGCACAAGACGGUGACCGUCCUGCGGCUGCUGGGGACGUCGCAGAUGAGCUCGGAUGCCCGCGGCCUGCUGAAGAGCGUCUGCUUCCAGGUGUGCCUGGCCUAUGGGCUGCCUUUGCCCCCUGCCCAGGUUCUGGAUGCCCACACCAGGGUGGUCCAGUUUUUCCACACCCUCCUCCACACCGUCUCUUGCAGAAACUUCGAGUCUCUUGUGCUCCUGCUGGAUGCUAUGGAUGACCUGGACUCUGUCCGCCAUGCUCGGAGGGUUCCCUGGCUGCCUCUCAACUGCCCCCCAAGGGUGCACCUCAUCCUCUCAGCUUGCUCGGGGGCACUGGGGGUUUUGGACACCUUGCAGCGAGUGCUCCUGGACCCGGAGGCCUACUGGGAGGUGAAGCCCCUCUCUGGAAACCAACGCCAGGAGAUGAUCCAACACCUGCUGGUGGCUGCAAGGAGGACGCUGAGCCCGGUGCACACAGAUUUGUUCUGGGCCAGCCUCCCGGAGUGUGGGAACCCGGGGCAGCUGAGGCUGGCCUUUGAGGAGGCCCGGAAAUGGGCCUCCUUCACCGUGCCUGCACCACUGGCCACCACCGCAGAGGAAGCCACGCACCAGCUCUGCACCCGUCUGGAGCAGACACAUGGGCAGCUCCUCGUGGCCCACGUGCUGGGCUACAUCGUGUCUUCCCGGCACGGUCUCUCGGAGGCGGAGCUGAAGGAUGUUCUGUCCUUGGACGACGAGGUACUGCAGGCCGUGUACCGGGACUGGACCCCGCCCAGCAAGGAGCUGCUGCGCUUCCCGCCCCUGCUGUGGGUGCGACUUCGUCGGGAUCUGGGAUACUACUUGGCCCGGCGGCCCGUGGAUGGCUUCACCCUCCUGGCCAUUGCCCACAGACAGCUGGUCGAGGUGGUCCGUGAGCGCUACCUGUCGGGAUCCGAGAGAGCCAAGAGGCAUACCGUCCUGGCUGACUUCUUCUCAGGGACCUGGAGCCAGGGUACCAAGAAGCUCAUCACUCUGCCACUUGUAGGGAAACCCCUAAACUUGGACCGAAAGGUGGCCCCUCAGCCUCUGUGGUUCUCAGACACGGUUGCAAACCUGCGGAAGCUGAAGGAAUUGCCUUAUCAUCUGCUUCACUCGGGCCGCCUGGAGGAACUGAAACAGGAGGUUCUGGGCAGCAUGAGCUGGAUCUCCUGCCGGGGCAUCUCUGGGGGCAUUGAAGACCUGCUAGACGACUUUGACCUGUGUGCCCCUCACCUGGACUCUCCUGAGGUUGGUCUGGUGCGUGAAGCCCUCCAGCUCUGCCGCCCUGCUGUGGAACUCCGAGGCAUGGAGAGGAGCCUCCUGUACACAGAACUGCUGGCCAGACUCCAUUUCUUCGCCACCUCACAUCCAGCACUGGUGGGACAGCUGUGCCAGCAGGCCCAGAGCUGGUUCCGGUUGUGCACACACCCUGUGCUGGUGCCCCUCGGAGGAUUCCUCCAGCCCCCGGGAGGACCCCUCCGGGCAACCCUCAGCGGUUGUCACAAAGCGUUCGGCCAGGUCCGGGCGAUUCCUUGGUCGUUCCAGGGGUACUAUUCGUGUCGGGUGUGGCGGUGGCGCUUCCGCGUCGCCCGGUGGCGGGGCCCUUACGGGGACAGAGGUCGGGCAGUCUCGGUCCCGGUUUCUGUGCUUACCUCGGAUUAUCCAGGUGGGCCGACCCUUGGCAGGGCCGUUGAUGGUCUUUGCUUCGCACUUCUGUACGUUCCUGCCACUUUAUGCCCGUCCCUGGCAGGGCGGGCCGGGGACGGGCCCGUCUUGCCGCGGGCGCGCCCGGGUCUUUCACGGGAUGGUCACUGCUCGGGCCCGGGCGGGCUUUUCACGCUGGUGCCGUCGCACUUGGCUGGCAUGGCCGGCCGGUCCGGCCCGCCCCGGCUUCGGGGCCGGCCGUCUCAUCGCUGGCUGUCUGCGGCAUGUUCGGCCUUAGGCCGGAGCUUUCCUCUUCGGGCCUGGCCGUGGGACCGGGUGGACCCGGUGCCGGUUCGCGCCCGGGCUGGGCCGCCCGCCUGCUGGUCUUGCUGGCCGGUCCUUCUCGUGUCUGCCGGGCGGCGUGCCUCGCUGUCCUGCCGCCCCCGGGCGGCCGGGGCCGUUGCAAUCUGCUUCGCUAGGGCGCGCCGGUGCUGCUCCUGCGCCUUGUCGUUCCAGAGGCUGUCCUCGUCGGUUCUGUGCAUGAGAUAG